AUAUUUCUACGGCAUAACUUUAUUUUGAAACACACCUUCGUCAUCGGUAGAUAUUUCAAUAUUUUUCUGUUGUUCGUCAGCCAUUUUGUCCCCUUUUGUUUCUCUCCGAAGAUUGUACGAACACAGCAAUCGGAACAAGUUCGGAAAUGAAUUUCGCUAAAUUACCGGAAACUUUUAUUAUGGCGAAAUCACAGAUCAGUGGACAAAAUAUUACUUCAAUGUGAAGGGAAAUGUAUUUUUACAAAUAUUGUAUGGAUUUCACACAAGUUUCUUUCCAUGGUUCUUUGGCAAGUAAUUCCACUUUACGUAAAUGUACUAACCCCCCUACCAUAUUCGAUUUCCUUUCCCCCCGGCUAAAUGGUGCCAGCUGGUGGUUGCUGAAAAAUGGCAGCUCAUUUGCGUGUACGUAUGGUCGAAGGACAUUUAAAAGGACGUAAUAAUCACAUCGUUAACAGCCCAUACACCUACGACAAUGGCAUCCUCACACCAGAGCAGCGAAAAUUUUAUGAUGAAAAUGGCUAUUUAGUUAUCCGUAAUUUGGUGAAACAUGAAGAGAUCAGAAAGUAUCUGCAAAGAUUUCAAGACAUAUCUUCAGGAAAAAUUCCACGUAGUCCAGGAAUGACUGUCAUGAAAGAUGUCUCAAUUUUGAAAUCAGAAUUCGUUCAAGGAGAACGAGCAAUUAACAAGAUUCAAGAUUUUCAACAUGAUGAUGUCUUCUUUAGCUAUUGUUGUCUUCCAGAGAUCAUACAAUAUGUUGAGUGUUUCACUGGGCCUGAUGUCACUGCUGCGCAUACCAUGCUAAUCAAUAAACCACCUGACUCUGGGUCAAAAACGUCCAGACAUCCAUUACAUCAAGAUUUACAUUAUUUCAAUUUCCGUCCCGCUGACAGAAUCGUGUGCUCCUGGACAGCAAUGGAAAAAGUGAAUCGACAAAAUGGCUGUCUGGUUGUGUUACCUGGAACCCACAAAGGUUUCUUAAAACAGCAUGUUUAUCCUGAUUGGCAGGUACUGGAGUUAUUAAUAUAGUGCACAAUAAUGAGGCCAAUGAGCAGAUCCAAUGAUAGGGAUACGCAGUGGUAAACAUCCUGGGGCCGGUCAAGUUCGAAAGCUGAUAUUAUAGCUUAAUUAUAACCCUAUGGUUAACAUUCCAACAGCCUGUUUAUAAAUUUGCAAAUAUUUCUUCAGAAAUCCUGCCUGGAUCAUGCAAUAGGAAUAGGAGUUUCUUCUCUGAAGUUUUGAAAUAAACAUGCAGAAAUACUAAACUAAAACAGCAAGUUAAAUCUUAACCGAGGCAAAAAAUUAUUUACACUCAAAUAUCUUCAGUUGUAACUGUUUUGAUUGCAAUGCUUUUGUUUGUUAAUAUUUUCUUAAAUAAAGAAUGGUGUGAACAAGAUGUAUUAUGGUAUAAAGGAUUUUGAUCCAGAUGCAACUCGUGUUCAUUUGGAAAUGGAAACUGGUGAUACAGUAUUCUUUCAUCCACUUUUGAUUCAUGGCUCUGGUAUGAACAAAACACAGGGAUUUAGAAAGGUACUAUUGCUUGAUACAUUGCAUUGUGUUUCGAUCCAUAGUUAUAUAUUAUUGGUUUCAGAUCUACAGUAUGUACUUUAUCCUCCCCCUAAUAACAUUGCAUUUCUCUUGUUUGGAAGAGGAUCAGAAAUAAAUAGAAUAAUAAUAUUGGUAAAUAUGUCAAUUAAACAACCAUGCCAUACCCAUUAUGGGUGAACUAAACUAUGUGCAAAACCAAUUAUCAGGGCUGCAAAUAAAUAUUUGACUUGACAGGACAUUUGUCCGAUCACUUUUAAUUUUGGUCGGACAUAACUUGAAUUUGGUCGGACAAAAACCAACACCACUAAAUUUGGUCGGACAUAUAUACGUCACAAGAUAUAUAUAAGUCACGAGACAAGUAUGUAUAGCCAUUCCGGCGCAACGUUAAGUAAAAUGCUAGAAUGCCUCGUAAAUUUUAUUGCAAAAUGCAAAUUGAGUGAAUUUGCAAUCGGAUUUUGUCACAGCAAAAAAAUGUAUAAUGUGACAAUUUUUCUUUUGUGAUCGGACCAAUGUCCGAUCAAAAUUACUUUUGGUAGGACAUUUGUCAAAUUUAGUCGGACAUUGUCCGAUGUCCGACAGUAAUUUGCAGCCCUGAAUUAUUGUUGUUCAGCCCACAAACAAAUCUCAAUCUUUCUUUCUUUUUACAGGCCAUAUCAUGUCAUUAUGCCAGUUCACAUGUGUAUUUCAUUGAUGUGGAAGGAACAACACAUGAAAAUCUGGCUGAAGAAGUAUUGGAAAUUGCCAGAAGAAGACUAGGACCUGAUGCUGAAUUUAAGUUUGCGGUAUGAUAACUAGAGUGUCACACUACAAUUAAGGCUACACCACAAUGUAUUACAUCAGUUAUAAUAAUAAUUAAAUAGUCAGGGCUGUAAAUACUCGUUACAAUUGUAACACGUUACUGUGUACUCGUUACAUUUGAAGUAAUUUUAACCUGUAAUUAAUUACGUUUUUAGAAAUGUAACAAAAAACGUAAUUAGUUACAAAAGCAAGGAACGUGUUCCUUAUCCAAGGAGCAAAUUGAAAAUUCCAUUUCUUAUUCUGUUAAAAAUAAGAAAUAAAAAAUACAACGUUGCGACAAAAAAUCAGAAAAAUGGCUGAAAUAAUUUUCAACGAGAUCACAUGGCAUGAUAGCCUACAUGAAGUACUAUUUAUUGCGAAAGUGGAACCACAAUUUGUUCCAAGGCUCAGAGCGCCAAAUAUUGGCAAAUAAAGUUUUAAGUUUACAUUUUUCGAUUUGCAUGUCAAAUGUUUUUAAUAUAUAGAAAUAUCAUCUUGAUAAAUUCUUGCAAAUUUCAAAGUUUAUACCGUUUUUAUUUACAACUAAUGUUUAAGAUAUUGUCUUAUAAUAUAUAUAGUAACAAUUUGCCGGUAAAGGAAUUUGUAAUUAAUUCCUUUUUUCUGGAGCAAUUUUUUCAUUGUACUUAAUUACAUUUUAGAACAAGUAAUUGUAAUCAGGAAUUUAUUACAUUUUAAAGCAAGUAAUUGUAAUUAAUUCCUUUUUUAGUGGUAAUUUUGCAGCCCUGAUAAUAGUUAGUCAUUACCACAUCACAACACGUUUAUAAAAUGUUUAAUAUUUAAUAGAGCGCAUUCCGGCAUUGUUAUAAACAACUACUGUAGUACAUGGUACUUUUACAAGGUGGUAAUUGUACUGAAACGUUAAUUUUAAUACCAAUUUAUUAUUUACAUACUAACCUAAUUUAAAUUGAACUUUCUUUCUGAUUUUAAUGCAGGAUAUUUGGAAACUCCGUAUGCGUCAUGUGAAAGGAAAAGAACUUGAACUUUAGCAUGAAAUCUGUUCUAGGGCAACCUUAAUUAUGGUGAUCUCAUAUCGGAUAUAUGUACGGCUGUGAAUGAUUACCUCUGUUAUUGUACUUCAGUAAUUGAAGGAAUUGAACAUCGUAAAGUCAUCGAAAUUUUAAAAUAUGAACAUACAUAAAUUAUAUAACAUAUGUUUAAUUCUUAUACGGCCUGUUUAAACAAGGCUUGUUCAAACAAGGGCAACAGGUUGGUCCAACAUCAUCCAAUAUUGUUCGAUGUAAUAUGUUGGCCUAACUUGAACACUACUGUAUGUUGGGCAAUGCUGGCUGAAGUUGGAAGAUUUUGGACUGGGUUUAAUUGACUUUGUUCUAAAAUUGUUGUCCAACAUUGUGCAACAUAUGUGCGCAAGAAUGCAGCAAUAAACAUUGGCGUACCAUUCAGGUACGACUAAAAGUCUUGAAUUAUCGAACCCUGGGGAUUAUAUGUUUCUGAUGAUUAUGCAUGAUCAUUGGCGUAUAAGCAUGAUCACUGAAUGCGCUAAAUAAAUAGAAACAAUAAAAUAAAGUUGAAUUCAACAUGCAAACGUUUUAAUUGUAAACAUGUUUUGGCAUUAUUGUAUGCUAUCCAGAGGCGUGGCGACUGGGG